CGCGACGCGAGAGACUCUGCCUCUGAUUAGCUCAAACACACUCUCUCUCUUAUUUCUAUCUCUCUGUCUGUCUCGGAGGAAUCGGGACUCGGUCAAUUCACCCCCUUAUUUCACGCCCUUUUCUCUUUUAAGUCCUCAUUUCAUUUCCAGCCUCACUUUCUCAAUUUGCUUCGCAUCUUUUCAAUUCCCACUUCUCUCUCUCUCACUCUCAUCUCUCGCAAGAUCACCAAAACAUAGGCAGCAGAAGAUGGCAGACACCGAGGAUAUUCAGCCUCUCGUUUGUGAUAAUGGAACAGGGAUGGUUAAGGCUGGGUUUGCUGGAGAUGAUGCUCCAAGGGCUGUGUUCCCUAGUAUAGUUGGCCGCCCACGUCACACUGGCGUGAUGGUUGGCAUGGGACAGAAAGAUGCAUAUGUUGGGGAUGAGGCUCAGUCUAAGAGAGGUAUUUUGACUUUGAAGUACCCAAUUGAGCAUGGUAUUGUGAGUAAUUGGGAUGACAUGGAGAAGAUCUGGCAUCACACCUUCUACAAUGAACUUCGUGUAGCCCCCGAAGAGCACCCCGUUCUCCUCACUGAAGCACCUCUCAACCCAAAAGCCAAUCGUGAGAAGAUGACCCAAAUUAUGUUUGAAACCUUCAAUGCACCUGCUAUGUAUGUCGCCAUACAGGCUGUUCUUUCUCUCUAUGCCAGUGGUCGUACAACUGGUAUUGUUCUGGAUUCUGGAGAUGGUGUCAGCCAUACAGUUCCCAUCUACGAAGGUUAUGCACUUCCACAUGCUAUCCUGCGUCUUGACCUUGCAGGCCGUGAUCUCACAGAUGCCCUGAUGAAAAUUUUGACUGAGCGUGGCUAUUCAUUUACCACUACUGCUGAGCGUGAAAUUGUGAGGGACGUGAAGGAGAAAUUGGCAUACAUUGCCCUUGAUUAUGAACAGGAACUAGAAACUGCCAAGACAAGCUCGUCUGUUGAAAAGAGCUAUGAAUUACCAGAUGGGCAGGUGAUUACCAUUGGGGCUGAGCGUUUCCGAUGUCCUGAAGUCCUGUUCCAGCCAUCUAUGAUCGGUAUGGAAGCUGCUGGUAUUCAUGAGACAACUUACAACUCUAUAAUGAAAUGUGACGUCGAUAUCAGGAAGGAUCUCUAUGGAAACAUUGUACUUAGUGGUGGGUCUACCAUGUUCCCUGGUAUUGCUGACAGAAUGAGCAAGGAAAUCACAGCGUUAGCACCUAGCAGCAUGAAAAUUAAGGUGGUCGCUCCUCCAGAAAGGAAAUACAGUGUCUGGAUUGGAGGUUCCAUCUUGGCAUCUCUCAGCACUUUCCAGCAGAUGUGGAUAGCAAAGGCAGAAUAUGAUGAGUCUGGCCCUUCAAUUGUACACAGAAAAUGCUUCUAAGCGAGAAAAGGAUAUCUGGACUGAGUACUACUCUAUCGUGGAAAGAAAAAGUUGCUUGUUUUCUGGUUCUUUGGUUAAUUUUCUUUUCUUUUCUUUCUUUUUUCUCUCGUUAUUCUAAUAUCUAAGCAAUGACCUAAACGGGAUGUUUGAUUCCCAGAAUUUUUCCAAUUCUUUGAUUUUUGUUUUUUUCUUAGCAGUUGAGAAAUAUUUGUCCUGAACGCUGUCAGCAUCGUGUUAAUCCUAUCGUUGUUUUCAUAAUUGUGUACUUUUGUUUGGGAUUGUUUGAUGAAUGAUGAAUAAUUGAAAUCAAUAGGUGCUUCUCUUCAA